CGGGCGUGCGUGCCGCCGUUGAUCCGGUGCUGCAGUGAGGAGGUGGUUGUCGCCGUGUUGUGUGUGUGUGUUGUGUGUGCGUGCGUGUGUGAGUGCGUGUGUGAGUGAGUGCGUGUGUGCGUGUGUGCGCGUGUGCGCGCGUGUGUGUGCAGGGCGCUGCUCGGCUCGUGGUGGUCGGUGACUCGCCCCGACGCCGCCGCCGUCGCCGCUGCAGUGGCCGCUCCCUGGGCCGUCGGAAAUGAGCGACAACGAUGACAUCGAGGUGGAGAGCGACGAAGAGCAACCGAGGUUUCAAUCUGCGGCAGACAAACGGGCUCAUCAUAAUGCACUGGAACGAAAACGUAGGGACCACAUCAAAGACAGCUUUCACAGUUUGCGGGACUCUGUCCCAUCACUCCAAGGAGAGAAGGCAUCCCGGGCCCAAAUCCUAGACAAAGCCACAGAAUAUAUCCAGUAUAUGCGAAGGAAAAACCACACACACCAGCAAGACAUUGACGACCUCAAGCGGCAGAAUGCUCUUCUGGAGCAGCAAGUCCGUGCCCUGGAGAAGGCGAGGUCGAGUGCCCAACUGCAGACCAACUACCCCUCUUCAGACAACAGCCUCUACACCAACGCCAAGGGCAGCACCAUCUCUGCCUUCGAUGGGGGCUCGGACUCCAGCUCAGAGUCAGAGCCUGAAGAGCCCCAAAGCAGGAAGAAGCUCCGGAUGGAGGCCAGCUAAGCUCCGCGGGGCAGGCCAGCAAUAAAAACUGUCUGUCUCCUCCGUCGUCUCCUCCUCCUCUCAGUUCAUCUUUAGAGUCCUCAGAACCGUUUAAGAGACUUUAUUUUUUCUCUUUCUCCCUCUUUUUUUUUUAAUUUUUAUUUUUACGUAGAAGCUCUUGGACAACAGCUCUCGUUCUUCCCCUUUUCCAAUUUUUUGUUGUUUUUUUUUGUUUUUUUUUUUAAACAUUUCCCUUCAGGGAUUCCCGAUUCCCACCAGGAAUUUUUAAACCAAAACACCCCAACUUGGCAGCUUUUUCUGUGGAGGACAGACGGCCGGCCGGACCUCUGAGCACACAGUGUCCUGACCACCCACCAGCUCCUCCUGCCCUGCCGGGCAUGUGCCCCGGGGACUCCUGCCUCCCUGCCCCCAGGCCUCCUCCCGGCCAGCCUCACCUCUGAUAGACUUUGUGAAUCUGUGGACUGCUCUACUUUGCAAUGACGACCUGCUCGGAGUCAUCGGAACCACGCCCCUUUCUUUUUAAGGAUUCCGUUUUGUUUUGUUUUGUUUUGUUUUAUUUCUAAAAAGUUGUUUGUUGCUCCUGUUGAAAGACCAGAUCCUUGAAGAAGUUUGUGGUGUAACAGGAAUUAGGAACAGAUUUGCAGCACAGAGUCCUUGGCCUGUUCCACUCCAGCUUCUCUCAGCCAGCCUUAGGGAGGGCCGCGUGACCCUCGUGUGGUAUGUGUGCGGGACAGGUGGCCGUAGUGAGAGGGGGGCCACCAGAGGGUGGCGGUAGGGGACUGGGACGGGGAGGAAGAAUUGGGUGUGGGUAGAGGUUUUGUAUUGAGCGCCAGUGAUAAUGUUUUGAUAUUUAUUUCCUGCUACUGAAAUUUGAAUCUGAAUGAAUCUUUCCUAUUUCUGAUGAAGUCGGUAUUGCAAAGCGACAGAUGCAUAAAGUAAUGAUCAAAUCUUCCUUUCUUUCCGUGUGUAUUUCUAAGAAAUAGAGCCAACUGAUUUUGUAUAUAAAAAAAAAAAAAACCAAGAGCAAUUUACCUGGUACUAAACUCGCAUACCAGUGCGGACCUGUCCCAGUCCUCUCCCCACUCCCUGACUGCCCUCGAACCCGUCCCGUUGUGCGAUCCAGCCCUAGAUCUGGCUGCCGUCGGCAGAUCCCAGCGAAGGGUUUUGUGUGUUUAGAUUUCAUUUCUUCGUCUCUUUCCUACUCCGUCCCCAGCAUUUGCUGACCUCUAGCGUAUACUCUGUAGUCUCAGUCCGUGUUUGAUUCCAUUCCAUGGAAAUAAAAAGUAUGUUGUACAUACUGCCGAAGAAUUGUCUUGCAAGUUAAGGCUUCCCCCUUUACUAUAAGACUAUAAAUAAAAACUUAUUUUAUCCUUUU